GCAAGUAUGAAAUACAGAGUAACUGAUGUCUUCUUCAACCCAUCUUCUUCAACCUAAUUUCAGUUUUCUGGGGGAAAAACUUUCAUACAAUUAGCAAGUUUGCUUGGGAAAGGUGAAUGUUAGAUUGAAAUCUCGUUUCCCAUUCGUUUCCGGGAUGAAUUCCGUUUCAAAUACGUCUCUAUUUUACUGAAACGGUUUUGGCGCGUUCCGGAACGCGUUUCCCGAUUUCCCCGUUCCAGGAAGUUUCGGAAACGAUUUUUGGAAAUACUCCUGAUUGGGUAAAGUGACACAAUUCUUAUGGAGUGUGUAGUUCAAGGGAUCAUUGAGACCCAGCAUGUGGAAGCACUGGAGAUUCUUCUUCAGGGGCUUUGUGGAGUCAAUAAGGAGAGGUUAAGGAUUCACGAAUUAUGCUUAAAAAGCAGCCAAAACCUUGGAUUUGUAUCCUCCGAGGUUCGACUUAUAUGUGAUCUUGAGCAGACUGAACCUACUUGGAUAGUUCGUCAUAUUGGUGGUGCAAUGAGAGGUGCUGGUGCUGACCUGAUCUCUGUUCUGGUCCGGACCAUGGUAGAAAGCAAAGCUAGCAAGAAUGCCCUCCGCUUAUUCUAUGCACUUGGCUAUAAAUUGGAUCAUGAACUAUUACGCGUGGGUUUUUCCUUCCAUUUCUAUAGGGGUGCACAGAUCACUGUUACUGUUUCUUCAGUUAAUAAGUUGCCAAAGUUGCAUGCGGUCGAUGAGGCUGAGCCAGUCACCCCAGGCAUACAAUUAGUUGAAGUAACAGCUCCUGCUACAUCUGAUAACUAUGGUGAAGUUGUAACAGCUGUCUCUUCCUUCUGUGAAUACCUUGCCCCGUUGCUGCAUCUAUCUAAACCUGGUAUAUCUACCGGGGUAGUCCCAACUGCUGCUGCUGCUGCUGCAUCUCUGAUGUCUGAUGGUGGAGGCACAACUGUGUAGCUUCUGCUGAGCUGGGUUUGGUAGGUUUACAGAAGUGAUUCGUUUUACAAGUUGAAUUAGUUUGAAAUGUGAUCGUCUCUUUCCUUCAAACAUGAAGAUAUUGCUUUUAUAGCUGUUACUGUUACAUUUGUAUCCUUGAUUCCUGCAAUCAUCUGCUGCUGCUGCUGCCCUCAUGCUUUGUUUUCACCUCAGUCAGCUGCUGGCUCCGGAUUAAGCCCUUUGUUUGGUAUAAGUUUAUAUCAGACUUAAAUUGUGUUCCUAGGAUGUGUUGAUACACCUUGUGGCUAGUAGGGCGUCGUGUUUCUGACAUGGUUUCUCCUUGUCUACAUACUUGAAUAGUGACUAACGUUUUAAUGUUGUUACAUUAUACUCUUUUUGCGCAAAGUAUUUUGAAGCGUACAGUUUAUAUUCUUUAUAACAUAAUUUGCCGUUGUUUGAGA